AUGGGCGUCAAGUAUGCUGUCUCCAACGAGAUCGCAAUGAUGACCAAGAUGGCGGGCAUGGAUGGCAUGUUCAUCGAUAUGGAGCAUUCCGUUUUGACCAUGCGCGAAGUGUCGCAGUUGAUCACGGCCUGCAACUAUGUCGGUGUAAGUCCGAUCGUCCGGAUACCUUCCAAGGCACACUGGCACCUCAGUCGUGUGCUAGAUGCUGGCGCGGCCGCUGUCGUCAUCCCUCAUUGUGAGACAGUUGAACAGGUGCAGGAAAUCGUCAAGGACGCCAAAUAUGCCCCUUUGGGUCGACGAGGUUGUGCCGGCAACCAGCCAAUUCUCAACUUCCAAGCAGUCCCGACUUUGCUGCAAAACGACCUCUUGAACCGAGAAACCAUGGUCAUACCGAUGAUCGAGACGCCUGGCGCGGUGGAAUUGGCCGAUGAUUUCUUCGCUAUCGAAGGUGUGGAUGGUGUUUUGGUGGGCUCUAACGACCUGUGCACCGAUCUUGGGAUUCCAGGGCAGUACGACAACGCGGCCUACCUGGACUCGGUUACGAAAGUGAUCAAGGCAGGCGUCAAGGCUGGCAAGCCAAUUGGGAUUGGUGGCAUCGGCGGCCGCUUGGAUCUCUUGGAGAAGUUCUUCGAGACGGGCGCGACGUGGUCGCUUAGUGGGGCUGACGGGGCUAUGUUACAAGCUGGUAUGAAGAAGCUCGGUCAGACUUAUGCUGAGAUCAACCAGCGCGUUCAGGGAGCUCGGACGGCAGAAGCAUUGGCACCUGUAUCAGAGCCGGUCCCAGUCGCACAGAAGACGCCGGUAGCCAUUGAUGUUAAAAGCGGAACGAAGGCGCCACAAUCAACUGUUCAGGUUGCUGAGGUCACUGUGUCAUAG